ACUCACCGAGAUCAUUUUAAAGACACCGAGGAGAAAAUGAGCGCGCCCGGCCAUCGCAUAAAUUUGACAUGAGGUCCCAUUCGCAAACCCUUUCCCUUAUUCCACCUGCUCUGUGCACCCAUCAUGUGAGUGUGUACUCGUGUAUCGCAUCGCUAAAAGCUUCCGAAAUUCGGAGAGGACGAAUAAAGCACAGUUAUAGUAUUUUAUGUGUAGAUUUUUGUGUGCACGCUUUCUCUUGAAACAGGCAAUGACUUUUUGCACGAGGCUGUCGACUCCGGCCGCGGCUGCCAGUCGAAUGGAUGGCCGGUUACCUAUUUAUUUGGCGCAUUAACUGCAAGAGCGCCACGGAUAUACCUAAUGCACGCAUAAUGUAUACUGGAACGGCGGUGUUUACACUUGGUAACAUUUAUGCACACACGCAAACCCACGGGUGAUUUUGAUAUUUGCGCUUUCUUCUUCGAACGAAAAUGGCGCUUCCCACCCCAUACUCUUUAAGAGUGGACAUCUUGGACAUCGUUUUCGCGGACGAUGACGAGGAGGAUUUCAGACCGGGUGAUGUCAUGCAAGGAUUCGUCCGGGUUGUGUUGCAGCAUAAGAAAAGCUUUUCGGAUAUUGACAUCAAGAUCAAAGGGAAAUCGGUAACUCAUUGGACCAAAGAUGACAAGUCUUUUUCUUCAACGGAAUACUUCUUUAAAGAUAGUUGGAUAUUAUACGGUGAAGUCCAGGGAGAUAAAAGUCCAAAGACCCUCUCGCCGGGUGAACACAGAUUUCCUUUCCAGUAUCGACUGCCAGACGCCCCUCUACCUCCCGUCAUCCGGAAACAAUCGGGUGAGGUCAGCUAUAACGUCCGGGUAAAGAUUCAUCGGUUGAAUGAUAAACCCGCUCACAAGGUCAAACGUCAGUUCAACAUCAGAAGAGAUCUAGACCUGAACGUGGUGGAGAAUAUUAUGGACCCAGUGAUGAAGGAAAGCACACAAAGUCUGACAUCAUGUUGUUGCCAUGUCGGGCAAGUCACAGUCAUGGUAGGCAUUGACAAGGGAGGUUACGCGACUGGGGAGCCUAUCAUCCUGUCAGGACAGGUGGAAGAUGAAGAUGAUAGUACAGAUCGCUAUGACAUCCACGCAGCCCUCGUUCAGGUUACGACAUUCAAAUCCAAAGAAAGUACUCUAACGACCCGUGACGUCAUGAUUACGUCAGUCAUGUCAGGUCACGUGUCAUGUGAGCCUCGACGCCUUUCAAACCAAGCCAUCUUCUUGCCCCGAGAUUUGUUACCAUGUGCCUUCCAAGGAUGUUCAAAUAUUGCUCUUGAUUAUGAGCUGGAGAUCAAAGCCUACCUUGGUGGCAGCAAGCCGGUAGCUUCUCUAAUCUUCCCCAUCAUCAUCGGUACCAUCCCCGUACAUCGAACACUCCAGAGACAACCACCACCCCCGCCAUUCUCCAUAAGACAACUUCCUAUGGCAUACCAACCAAGACCUACAGAUAUAGAGGGACAGUCCGCCUCAUCUAAUGGUCUACCACCAAGCUAUGAGACUGUGAUGAAAGAAAAACAACUAAGACCUACAUCACCGUCAGAAGAUGAGAAAGAGAGACUAUCAGUCGUUUCAGGUAGCACGCCCUCUUCGCCGUUGGUUCAAGGAGAUAUGAAACAUUAUGGCGUAUUCUAGUAUUUAUUUCCUUUUUUCAUCAAUUUCUCAACGAUUUAACAAAAGAGAGACGAUUCCGGCACAGCUUUAUUCUGGAUACUCGGUGAAUGACCAGUCUCCUUAAGAGAAUUUUAAUACAACAUUACAUGCAGCAAAGUGAAAGCGAUAUGUAUUUUGAGUUUUUCGAUCGGAAGAGAUAUUGUUGUGCAAUAUGCGUCGUUUGAAAUUUUUUGAACAUCUCUGCGACAUGUAUUUUUUCUUGGCAGUGACGAAAAAGGAAUAUUAACAAGUAACCAGCGUGUGUACAUCGAAUGAAAUUCAUUCAUUAUAUGACUUUAUAUCGGGUUUUUCCGCUUCAUUUCCAGCGCAAUAGAAUUACAAAUGAAAAGAGGAAUAUCAGACUAUAUUUUUCUACAUUUUAUUUGUGUCAAAGCAGCUCCUUCAGGAAGCUUCUGUAUGAUUCUCCUCUUUUGUUUGCUAUUGACAAAAGAACAUACGCCGUAGAAAGAUGCUGAAGGGAUUACAGCGAAGAUGCACUGGGAAAUUCAGUAUUCUGUUGCCUAGCAACAUUCCUUAAACGUGAACAUGACUGUGAAUGAAGACAUCGAAUACAAUGCCUUUCCAAUUGCAACAUGACUCCUUCAGAACAUAUAUGACAACUUCGCGAGAAAUUUAUAGCAUUGCCAAAAAUGCCAGCUGGAGUGCAACACCAAAAGAAAGUAUCAUCAAAUACAAAAAGAUCUAAAUUGUGUUGUGGCGGAUAUGUUACCCGAAUAUUAUAAGAAAUCACAAAUACUUGUUGAUAUUGAUAAUAGUCAAUAUUAUACAGAUAUUGCCUACCUAGAGUUUGAAUAUAACAUUUCCUCUCCCCGACGGAGUUAUAUUUUUUCCCAAGGGAUUAUAUUUUGCCCGAAGCGCGCAGCGCUGAGGGAAAAUAUUCUCCCGAUGGAAAAAUAUAGCUUCGGAGCGGAGUUGAAAUGUUAUUUAUUAAAAAGAUAGCAAUAUAUGUUAUAUUAUUAUAUUACAACGCAGUUAUAUUCACUGAGGUGACGUUAAAACCUAGAAUAUAACGAAUGCGAUCCUCGCAGCUAUGGUCACGUGAUGGCGUAUUGACCUGUCACUGAUUCGAAUCGACAUAACCUAUAUGUAAUAUUUCUAUAUAGUCUUUUCCAAGAGAUACAAAGCGCUUUGAGAUGCCAUCGCUGGCCAACAUACUUGUAUAAUGUAAAUAUACAAAUUAUCAAGUCUGGUGCAUACGUAAGGAUGUCAGAAUAGGUAGUUCUUCUUGGUAAGCUAAACAGAAGCCUUUCCGAGGGACCAGGUCAAGGUUGGCUGAUUUAAAUCAUGAUUUAAAUCGCUAUGAUUUAAAAAAAUAAUUGAUUUGAAUCACUUCCAUUGAGACGUGUACAAAUGUUUGACAUUUUUAUUUUUUAUUUUUUAAAUAGAAAGAUUUUAUCAAUUUUAUAUCAUCAAAAUGUGAAUAAAUGCUUCGUAUCUACUAAAACAAUUGAAAUCAUGUCAAUAAAAUCAGUUGAUCUUGCAAUGCAGCCUACAAACGGUUUAACACUUUAACACCCCUACUCCUUUAAGGCCUCUACUCCACUUUAACUGUGAUUAAAAAAAAGAAUCAUUGAUUUAAAUCACUUCCAUUAAUGUACAAUGUACAACUCAUUAUUGUAAUUCAAAUAAACUUGCAACUUUUUCCCAAUAAGUCAGCUUUGUAAAUCAAUGCUUUAAACAGUCAAAAAGCUCCAACCAUGGCUCAAAUAUACCAAAGGAGGUUUGGCUUGAAAAUCAAGAAUGUUUCUCUUUCGAGAAUGUGAUUCUCUGAGUCAUGGAAUUCUUCCAAAGAAACUGAUCCUCAUUUCAUAUUUGAAUAGGAACACUAACUUUGCAGUAUUAGCUGUACCAAGGCAGUUCCUCAACUUGGACCAAACCAGUCAGUAGGAGCAAAAGACCAUACACGAGAGGAUACAGAAACAGUAUCUUCGUCAUGACUUACAUAUUCUAUAUAAAUUCUAUUUUGACUUGAUUUAAUUAUGAAAUAAAAUAGAAGUUAAUAAUGAUUUUAAUUGUGAAAUGUAUGAUUUUGAAAAUGAUUUCAGUGUAAGGGUUAUAUUUUUGGUGUUUCCACUUUUUUUAGAAAAUGUUUUUUAAUAAAAUUUAGAAAAAAUUAAAAAUCCGAUUUAAAUAAUAAAAAAUCUGCUUUAAAUCAAAUGAAUCCGAUUUUAUUUGAUUACUU